CCCCGGGCCGACGAGGCGCGCCGCCGCUCCCGUUCGCCUCCCUGGCACAGGCGAGAGCGGAGACUGCGAGCGCGUGCGCGCCAGCGGCUGAGGAGCCAGCUGGACGCGCAGCGGCUGCGGGACCGUGCCACGGCAGCUUGCUGCCAGGCACCAUGUCGCAUAGGCAGCACGGCUACGGUCAGCGCCAAGGACGGGGAGGUCAUCACCAGCAGGCGCAGUCACCGUGGUCCGCGUGUAAGCGAUGUGGGCACUGGGAGUACGACCACAAGCUUCCAGGCCUAGAGUGGCGCUGCAGCUGUGGAGCCCUGUGCCCGAAGAAGAGCAAGAACAAUAAUGGCAAGGGCACGGGCAAGGGUGAGGAGCUGGUCCAGUCGCUGGCGGACGUCGCAGCACGGAUCCAAGACCUCGCGGUCCCGCCAGAGGCAGUGCAGCCUCAGACACCGCAGAAGAGCCCAGCCUCGCUGCUCGCCGACGCCGCCUGGUGCCUCGAGGAGGCCAAGAAGGCCUACGACAAGGCCUUCAGCGCCCGCGAGGAGGCCCACGAGAGACUCAAUGAGGCCGCCCAGACGCUCAGCGAGAAGGCAGCAUUGGUGGUGGAAGCGGAACUCAAAGUUCAGAGCCUCAAGCCCCAC